UUAGAAAGGAAGAAGAAAAUCAAGAAGAAGAAGAAUAAACCUAUGGAACAUUAAUCGAGGGAAACACUGAUGCUUGAAUUUUUCGAAUAAAAUUUAAUAAAAUACCGAUGACAAACUAGCUGACAAGAUUUUUUCAUAACCGGAAAAAAUAUAUUCGUUUCGAUAUUAUAGACCAGUUCAGAAAAAUCAUUCAAAAGUCUGUGUUUCCCGUGUGUAUUUAAAUUCUCAUUCUACUCAAUCAGAAGUAGCCAUAAAAAUGACAAAAAAAGAUACCAGAGCGACAAUAGAACUCGGCGAUGUAACGCCACACAACAUAAAGCAACUAAAAAAACUGAAUACGGUUGUUUUCCCUGUGAUUUACAAUGACAAAUUUUAUAUUGACGUUUUGGACGCGGGUGAAUUAGCGAAAUUGGCUUAUUACAAUGACAUUGUGGUGGGUGCCGUAUGCUGUCGCAUCGAUACAUCGGAAAAUCAACGACGCCUUUAUAUAAUGACAUUAGGUUGUUUAUAUCCGUACCGUCGUCUUGGCAUUGGUUCUCUAAUGGUUAAUCAUAUUUUGAACUAUGUAAAAGAAGAUGGAAAUUUCGACAGUAUAUUCCUGCAUGUUCAGGUGAAUAACGAGUGUGCCAUAGAGUUCUAUCAAAAGUUCGGGUUUGAAAUAGUUGAGACACGAGAACAAUAUUACAAGCGAAUUGAACCAGCUGGUGCUCACGUCCUCGAAAAAAACUUACGGAAAUCGGGAAUUGUCACCAACUCAGAAGCUAUUGCUGAUAUUUCUUCGAAUGGCAACACAGAAUCACACACAUCUCAAACCAAAUCAACUAAAGUAUCCGCAUAAUUUCCGCAUUCAAACCCAUUUUAAACUAAAAUUUUGUUGAAUCAAAUUGCAAUCAACUAUGUACACUGAAUUUAUUUGGUAAAAUUAAAGCGACUAAGCGUGAAAA